AUGUCGAGCAUUUCAGAUUCCAUCAUCAAGGACCACCGCGAGCUGGAGCAGUACUACAAUGAGGUCGUGAACUCUACGAGCCAUGACCACCAGGAGCGUUUCGGCAAUCAGUUCACAUGGGAGCUCGCCCGUCACUCAGUUGGCGAAGAGUUGGUUGUCUACCCUGCAUUCGAGAAGCAUCUCGGUGAAAAGGGCAGAUCCAUGGCUGAGAGCGAUCGAAAAGAACAUCAUCAGGUACUGUUCAGCAUCCACAUGUACUUUAAGCCGCAAGCUAACACAAACAAGGUCAAAGAACUUCUCAAGACCUGGCAAAAUCUAAAGCCUGCCAACCCCGAGUACGUUCCCAAGCUCAAGGAGCUCUGGUCUAUCCUUGCCGAACAUAUCAAGGAGGAGGAGAAGGAGGAUAUGCCAGCUCUGGAGAAAGCACUAAGCCAGACUCACGGGGAAUCCGAGUCGAUCGCAAAGAGUUUCGGGAGGACCAAGGCCUUUGUGCCCUCGCGCAGCCAUCCCAGUGCUGGCGAGCACCCGCCAUUCGAGACAGUCAUGGGUCUACUGACGGCACCGAUCGAUCAUGUUGCCGACGUUUUCCGGAAGUUCCCUGACAACACCGUCUCGCCGAACCCCUCAACCAAGUAG